UAAACAAGACAAGAAAUUUAAUUUAGAGGAUAGAAGACUCCCGCCCCGGAAUACAAACGCUGAACGGUGAAAUCUGAGAGGGAUUACAGAUAGAGACGGACGCUGCUAAACCAUCGGACAGAAGAAGACAAACAAGAAUACCAUGUUCAGUACCGUGCAAGUGCAGUGCGUAGGCCUAAAAUAAAAUGGCAAUGAAAUAAAGAUAAAUAUCCUAUGGUAACAAAUUUCAGUGUGAUUUAACUCUUUGUGCUCUUGGCUUAGUUGAAUGCUAAUUUUAAGACGCCUGCUGUGCCGAUAGCUCGUCCCUUGAAGGCCUUAGCGUUGGUAGCAGGACGAGCUGCUCGAGCUAACCCAGAAAGGCUGCUGUAAACAUGUUUAUAUUUUGCCAGCGAGAAGGGUCUGGCAAGAGAGAGAGAGUGCAAUGAGAGUGCUGACCAACUCUUUCCAUCGUUGGACAUUGUGAAGAAAUGGAAGACCGUGCAAGUGAGGGCAAGAAGACCCCGCUGGAUGACAUCAUUAACCACAUGACCUCAGAGUGGCAUAGCUACAGCCUGCCCCCUGGAGGCCCUGGUCCAGGUCAGGCUGCUGUCCCGCACGGUUCUGGUUCCCAUGUCUGGCCCGGUUGGCACGGAGCAGCUCCGGUGGCAGUCCCAAGUCCAGUCCAAGGUCCGGGCUUCAACGGAGCGGGGCCAGGAGGGCCAGGAGCGGCAGCACCAAGUCGCCAGACUCAACCAUAUUUCAUGCUGGGAGGAGCAGAGCCCAAUCUGCCUGUGUUUUUUCAAGCAGACCAGCCGCCUCCAGGAUAUCAAGUGGAGCCCCAGGGAGUGAAAGGUCAAGACUUUUUCAGCCAGCCUAUCCAAUCCGCAACUGCUACACAGACUGACAGCAAUGAACUAGUUGGGACUAUGGUGGAUGUUGGCGGUGGCAACUUUGUAAACGUCAGAUACAGCGGAGGCCAUGGGGGCACUGUCAAUCCGCAAUAUUUGCCAGUUGGUUCAAGCUCGGCUGUGAACAAUGUUCUUCCUCCAUCUCUGGAUGACAUCCUUCCCCAUUCAAAUCAAAAUGAAUCAAACCGGCAACAUUGUGCGCUUUCUGCCAACUAUGGAUUGUUUACGCCAUCUCAACAGGUCCAAACAAUGAGGCAACAGCAUCUGCAAUUUAGAACACCUGAGAACGAAUCUCCUCAGCAUCAGUCUCGUCCAGGAAUACCACAUCAUGGUCCUCCUGGCAUGCUUCAUCAGUCGCAGACACUGUUCAAUGAGCAUCUUCAAAAUCAGCAGUUUCAACAAAUCCUAAAUGCUGCACAGUCUCAACAGUUUCAGCAUGACCUUCUGCACAGAGUUCAGCAGCAGCAGCAGCAGCAGCAGCAGCAGCAGCAGCAGCAGCAACAGCAACAGCAACAGCCACAAGCAAGACAGCAACAAGAACAGCAUCAAAAUCAAAAUCUGUUCCUGCAAGAAACUGCCAAGAAUGCUUCGUCUUCUGCCCCAUUCUCUCAAAAUCAAGACCAACUCAUUCAGAAUUUGGUUGGGAACUGGACUGUCCCUAAUCAAACUGGGCGAUAUAAUCCCUUUGGUUUGGCUUUGAAUGAAAGUAAUGAGCCUGCUCUUGAAAGUGUCAAAGAAGUUGAGCAGCCGAAGAAGAAUGACAAGAGUGUUCGCAGGACUCGUAUUGUAGCUGAAGUGCGGCCCAUGAGGCCAUCAUACUCUGCUGUUUUGACUACUCCGUCUCCAGUUCCUUCACCGCAGAAACCAACAUUGCCCAUCAACAAUGUGAACUCAGCCAAUGGAAACAAUAACCAUACCGCAGCCUUGAUAACAAAUGCAACCAACAAGAUAAAUGCAGAUGCUGCUCGUCCCAAAAGCACAAGUAGUGUUAGUAGUGGGAAAGGUAAAAACUCUUCAAAAAGCAAUGGUGUUUUGAGCGCAGGGGGCAAAUUGAAGAGGCAGCAUUCAACUGGAAACGAUGACGCAAAUGCCAAAAAUGGACCAAGUACUGCCACAGCAUCAAAGUCAUCUGGUUUAUCAUCUUCAUCCAGUGGCGAUUUUGAUGACUCUGUUCCUGGAAACUCUUCACCUACGUCACUUUCACGGCGAUGGGCAUCCUUGGAUGAUUUGGAGAGUGAUGUUAGCAGCGUGGAUGUUUCACAUGUCUUCAUUGAAACGGGAAGUUCUCAGGAGUCUUGCCCUCAGCCAAAUGAUAAAAAAUCUUCUGAUAAAUCUGGCAGGUCAAGCAUUCAUGGCAGUGCUAAACAAUCACCACAUUCUGGUUUUGAUGAGAGUUUUUUGAAUAACUACAAAGUAGGUCCUGGAGGUUCUAAGAGUGGUAGUGUGAUGGGGUCUAACUCAACUAAGAGGCCCAUUCAUAUCAAUAAUAACCUUGGUACAAACCACGGUUCUCACUGGGCCAAUCAGCAAACACCAAGUCAGCCUAGUAAUUCUAGCAAAUUUGAUAAAUCUGCCCGAGCAAGUAAAAGUGGACGCACUAACUCAGAUGAAAGGAAAGGAUCUAAAAAUGAUGGCAAGAGUGCUUCUGGAAGCAGUAGCAGUGGUGUGACAAGCCGUUCUGGUCGUGGUUCGAUGAGUAGCAUGGCUGAUAAAGCUGCUCUUCUGCAGAGCAAACGGAAUCAACGAGGCUCUCGAAGGAAAGAUGGAGUAACUGCUGCAUCUCUGGUAUUUCGAAAAUAUGGUCAGUUGGCUUUUGCCGCUAUCAUAUGGUUUUUCCAUCUUCUAACGGAUGUAAUAGGAAUGAGUAUUAGACUCUCCCUGCAUUUGUGCUUGGUGUUUUGGGAAAAUUGGGUGAUUAGCUCAGCUAAUUGGCUUCAAAAAUGUAUUUGCCGUUUACCUCAUGUACUUCCAGAACGCCUUGUUCAUUCCCGAUUCUGGCGAUUUAUCUGCCAGUGUCUAGGCAAGAACGACCCUGGAGAUCAAGCUAGGAAUGGUUCAAAGAAAAGUACUCGUGGUGCUGAGGGACGAGACAGUGUUAUUCCAGGAGGCCUUUCUCAUAACAUAUCUAUGCCAUCUACUGGCGAAGAAGCUAUGAAAAGACUCCUCGCUUGUAAAGGCAAGGAUCCUUACAGCAUCUUAGGAGUAACACCAAAUUGUUCUGAUGAUGAUGUCAAAAAAUAUUACAAACGCCAAGCUUUUCUUGUCCACCCUGAUAAAAAUAAUCAGCCCGGUGCUGAGGAAGCUUUCAAAAUUCUUGUACAUGCAUUUGAACUUAUUGGAGAACCUGAAAAAAGGACAGAGUACGACCGAUAUGUAGCAGAAACCCAACAGGUGGAACAAGCUUGGAGUGAGCUAAGUGACCUGUUAUCUCAAUUACAUCAGAAAAUGGAAUAUGCUGCCAACACUAUCAGGUGCACAAAUUGUGGAAAGAGACAUAAGAGAAUAGCUGUACCUCGCAAACCAUUUGCUGCAAGAUUUUGUGCUCAGUGCAAGAUAAAGCACUCCGCUAAGGAGGGUGACAUAUGGGCCGAGACGAUGGUCAUGGGAUUUCUAUGGCAUUACUAUGCGUGUAUGGAGGGAGCAGUUUAUGACAUCACUGACUGGGCUUCAUGUCAGACCAAUAAUCUCCGUCACCUCAAACCGAACUCUCACACUGUUCAGUACCGUAUAGUUCUUGGUCGUCAACGUCAACAAAGUCCUCGUGCACCCAGUGAGCCUGAUCUGGAGAAUUUCCUCAGUUCUCUUUACAACCAGGCAGGGGGUGGUAGCAAGGGGACACCUCCUCCUGGGGACACUUCUGCAAGCACUAAUGUUCCUAACCGUCAGGACACCGCACGUAAUCGAAAGAAGGGAAAGCGCAACAAAUAAUAAAUUUUACUUUUAUUCAUAUAGAUGACUCCUGAAACAAUGAUUGAACUUGUGAUGCUAAUAUCUACUAUUAAUCUCGGUAUUUAAGAAGUGUGUGAGUGAGCAGGGUCACUUAACUUAAUUGCAAGUAAAUUAUUAUUUAAAAAAAUUCUCUGUGGGCUUUGUUUGGAUCUGAACAAGUUAUUUUUUUUUGUUUUUACGAAAUUGUUGUUUUGCCUCAGUUAUGGCAUUAAAACUAGACAUGAAUUUCUAUGGUGGCAUUUGACAUGAGCCUGAAGCCCUUGUAUUGGAAGGCCGUCAGCAUAUUUUCUUAAUAAGAAUGUAUAUUUUCGUUGUCUUAAAAAAAUGCCUGGUCCUGGUAUCUGAGUAGUGUCCAAAGCAAAACGCCAGGCUGUUGGAAUGAAUGAAGUAGAAUGUAACUUAGUAUCAGAUGACAGGUAUUUUUGAUUCUGUCAUUUUGAGCUAGUAUAUUCUUCUGUUAGUCUGCAAUGGAUUAGCACAUUUUGACUGCAGUACUGUUCAGUACUAAUUAAAAUACAUUGAGAUUUUAUUUCUUAAGCCUUCAUAUUUUCAAUUGUUCUGCGAAAGUUUCGUUACACAGCUGCCUAGAUUGUCUUUGAUUUGGUUGAAAACCUAAGUUCCAUAGUAUAGAACACAAUCUACCAACAAAUACAGCUUUUGUUGGCCUGAAUUUGAGUUCUUUAUAUUUUCCUAAUUUAGUAUCAACCUUGGUCUUACAGCUUUGCUGCUCUGUAUGUUUUAUGUGAAUAUUUUAAAAAUGUUUUCACAGAACAAAUUUGUUUCUUAAUGAUUUUCAAUGUGUAACCUUGAGUUUCAUUAAUGGGUUUAAUAUUCUUAUGAUUAAGAUGUGUUCUUAUUAUUUCUGGAAUUAAGUUAAUUGACCUGAUGUGUUGUAGCAUAAUAGUAACCUUGUUUGUUUUUCUAAACAUCAUCCUGAUUGUAAAAGCAUUUGUAAAGACCUAGAUAAGUUUUAUGUGAUUGUAUUGUAAAAGACAGACAUAUGUGUAACUACUGACUGCUGUUGUAUGAGAUUCUCAUUAGGUUUCCCAUAAGAGACAAAGUUUCUCUUUUCUCUCUAGAUAUCUUUGCAAUCCCUGACAAUGUUGAUUUGUCACUAUCAUUGCCCUUUUUACAGUAUAAAUGCACAAUGGCUUAUUUAGUGCAUGUUUAUUUCAAUAGUAAGGUAUUGUUUACUUCCUACAUAGCGUAUGAAGGUUCUUGCCACUCAAAACCCAAAAAUGAUAUGACGUUUUCUUCAUCAUUAUGCCCCGAGUCAUAAAUAUGUAACUCUGAAUUUGAGUGAUGUUUUUGUUUAAGCUUCCUCUUACCGGAAAGCCUCUAAUUGUGAACUUCAAUGACAAAAGAAUUCUGAAAAUAAAAUGAUAGUCUUUGACGACAA